AUGUCUAAUGUUGCUCCGUAUGAAUAUGAUGAGUCUCAAUUUCAAAGUUAUAUUGAUGAAGAUUUAGCUUUAAUUCGAGAUACAAUCAUCUGGAAAGAAUACAAACGAAGUAAAAAUGAUGACGCUAUUUGUUAUACACACAAGGUAGACGGUGAUCCAAUAUGGUGGAUCAAAGUUGUUGCCAAUGUUACAAAUGGUAUAAUUGAUAAUGUUGAUGAUUUACUCGAUGCAAGUUUGAAAGAGCGACAAGCACAAUGGCAUGAACUGUAUGUUGAUGGAGGAACAAUUCAUCGUUAUUCAGAUACGGCUGAAAUAUGUUAUUUCAAAUAUUCAUCACCGAUUAAACUUGUGUCACCAAGAGAUACGUGCUAUUUGAAAAUACGUCGUCCUUUAUCAUUUCAAAGUGAAACACGUGACUAUCGUGGUUUUAUUCUGAGUUAUCGUUCAAUCUCGUUGCCUUGUCGUGCACCAGUUGCACAUGGAUACGUUCGAACAGUAUUCAAAGGUGCUCAUCUAAUUGAAGAGCUAGUUGAUGGAUUUCGUUAUACAUACAUUCAACAUGCUGAUCCAGGCGGAAGUCUGCCAAAAAUGUUUGCUAAUCGACCACAAUGUGAUAUUGUGUUAAAAGAAGUUGAAGGUAUAAGAAAAGCGAUACAAAAUCCUAUAUUAAAACCAAACGAUCUGCUAGUGCAUCGAGAAAUUGGAACGUCUGACCUAUCUAAUAAGAAUAUUGUCAAAUAA